AUGGAGCCGUCACUUCCAUUUCCGACUGCCUGCCUCUCGCUCUGGCACCGAGGAACACGUUCAUUCCCUCAUCUAAACGCCAAUCGUGAAGAGCCCGUUCCAACGUCUUCCAAAUACGUGAUCCUCGGCUCUGGUAUUUCAGGAGCCUUGAUAGGAUGGAAACUGAUCGAAAAGGGCGUCAAGGGCAAAGAUAUAUUGAUCCUCGAAGCUCGAGAAGCCGUCUCCGGCGCCAGUGGGCGAAACGCUGGACACAUUCGACCAGAUGCAUUCAGAGGUUUCCUCCAUUACUCCUCUCUUCACGGUUCAGAGCAAGCCAAAAAGAUCCUCGAAAACGAGCAGAUCGUUCUUGAACGCAUCCGUGAAUUCGUCAAGGAACAUAAAAUUCACUCUGACUUCACUGAUCUAACAACAUUUGAGACAUGUCUUACCCAAGAAGCUGCAGACUAUACUGCCAAAACAUUGGCAGCAUACAAAGCAGCCGGCGGCGACAUUUCACAAGUACGAGUACACGAAGGCGACGAAGCAAAAGCCAAAACCCGCGUCCCAACUGCUAUCAGCGCAUACGAAUGGCCAGCAGCAUCCAACAAUCCAGCCAAGCUGGUUCAAUGGAUCUUGACUGAUUUCAUUGCGAAGGAUGGUCAAAUGUGGACACAUUGUCCAGCCACAGAAAUCACGAAGCAUGCGGGUUCCAGUUCAGGUGCAAGUGCAAAAUGGGAUAUCCAUACACCGCGCGGCACAGUCACAGCCGAGACAGUCGCCCAUUGCACAAAUGCGUACGCCUCAUUCCUCCUGCCCAACCUAUCAAACUUGAUCACACCACGUCGCUCACAAGUCAACUCGUUCAUCCCAUGCCCUUCACUAUCCGGCAUGGAGACAUUGAAAGAUACGAUGGCGCUUCGAUAUAGCGCGGACCAUUUCUUCUCUGUCAACCCACUGCGCGACGGGACGAUUAACUUCGGGGGUACGGGGACGAGGGAUGGAUCGGAUACUGAGACGGAGAAGUGGAAGGCGCUGGUUACAUUCGAUGACAGGUGUUUCAACAGUGCGCUGGUGAAGAAUAGUCAAUGGGAGUUCGAGAAUCUGGCUUCUGAUUCUGUUGAUGAACCGCUGAGGCUUGGGGAGGGCUUUGAUUAUGCUUGGACGGGGAUUCAGGGGACUACGCCUGAUAAUGCGCCUUUAAUUGGGCCUGUUGCGGGGUUGGAGGGACAGUGGAUUUGUGCUGGGUUUAAUGGACAUGGGAUGGCGACUAUCUUUACUUGUGCUCCAGGAUUGGUGAAGUUAAUAACUGGAAAGGCGUGGGAGGAGACUGGGUUGCCGGAGUGUUUCCAGGCUGGGAGAGUCAAUAUGAAACAGAGG